UAGUGUUUUUUCGACAGGAGGAGGUCAUAGGAAAGUGAGGAGUAAAGAAAGUCGGAGCCCAGGAUUCARCUCGGACCCUGCUUAUUUCUGAUGCCGCUGUGAGGCAGAUACAUUAUUUACCAACCAGGUGUAGUGUUUCAACCGCUGCAACAUGCUUCGUGUYGUACUGCGGCUCAGGCCGACUCCCGGUCUCUCCUGUCCCCGCGUCCUCCCGGCGGCCGGGCCCGCUGCUGCCGCGGCGGCGCUCGGCUCUCGCUCUGUCUCCGGAACCGGGUGUCUCAGGCGGCUCAGCUGCGGAGAGGUGUCCCGGACUGUGUCCCUGGGUUCCAGCUUUAACCGUAAGACGACCUGGSCGCGGUGUCCCCACCUGGCAGGCUGUCAGAAGCGUUUCUACAGCCUGCCGCCCCACCAGAAGGUGGAGCUUCCUGCGCUCUCGCCCACCAUGCAGACAGGAACCAUCGCUCGCUGGGAGAAGAAGGAAGGUGACAAAAUCAGCGAGGGUGACCUUAUAGCUGAGGUUGAGACCGAUAAGGCCACGGUAGGGUUUGAGAUGCUGGAGGAAUGCUACCUGGCAAAGAUCCURGUUCCUGAAGGCACCAGAGAUGUCAACAUUGGCUCAGUAAUCUGCAUCACAGUUGACAACCCAGAUCUUAUCGCAGCUUUUAAAGACGUAACGUUGGACUCCUUUAAAUCCACCGGUGCUACUCCAUCACCCGCUACCUCCGCUGCUGCUCCUCCUCCAGCUGCUGCAGCUCCGCCUCCUGCAGCACCGGGCAGCUCCUACCCCCCACACAUGAAGAUUCCACUUCCUGCYCUCUCCCCCACCAUGACCAUGGGAACAGUGCAGCGCUGGGAGAAGAAAGUCGGUGAGAAGCUGAGUGAAGGAGAUCUGCUGGCUGAGAUUGAAACCGACAAGGCGACUAUCGGCUUCGAGGUGCAGGAGGAAGGUUAUCUGGCUAAAAUCAUGGUGGCAGAGGGAACUCGGGACGUUCCUCUGGGAACGCCGCUCUGCAUCAUCGUAGAAAAAGAAAGCGACAUCGCUGCUUUCAAGGAUUACGUAGAGACCGGGGUGGCUGAGGUGUCUGCCCCGCCUCCACCUCCUGCUGCUGCUGCUGCUCCUGCAGCGGCUGCAGUUCCCAGCGCCGCUCCAGCAGCUGCCGCUCCUGCAGCACCGAGGAAAGGCCGCGUCUUCGCCAGCCCCCUCGCCAAGAAGCUUGCUGCCGAGAAGGGCAUUGACCUGGCACAGGUCGGCGGUUCUGGUCCGGAUGGACGCAUCACCAGGAAAGAUAUUGAGAGCUUUGUUCCUCCGAAGGCUGCACCUGCUGCAGCUCCCGCUCCAGCUGCUGCCCGAGCUGCUGCUCCUCCAGCUGCUGCUCCGGCUGGCACCUUCACAGACAUCCCCAUCAGCAACAUCCGCCGGGUCAUCGCUCAGAGGUUGAUGCAGUCCAAACAAACAAUCCCCCACUACUACCUGUCUGUAGACGUCAACAUGGACCAAGUGCUGGAGCUCCGAAAAGAGCUCAACGAGGAGGUGAAAUCCCAGAACAUUAAACUGAGCGUGAACGAUUUUAUCAUCAAAGCCAGCGCCCUGGCCUGCCUCAAAGUUCCUGAGUGCAACUCCUCCUGGUUGGACACGGUCAUUCGUCAGAAUCACGUGGUGGACAUGAGCAUAGCGGUGAGCACKGCCAACGGCCUCAUCACACCCAUCGUGUUCAACGCCCACAUCAAAGGCCUGGCCGCCAUCAGCUCCGACGUGUCGGCCCUCGCCGCCAAAGCCAGGGAGGGCAAACUGCAGCCGCACGAGUUCCAGGGAGGAACGUUCACCAUCUCCAACUUGGGGAUGUUCGGCAUCAAGAACUUCUCGGCGAUCAUCAACCCUCCUCAGGCCUGCAUCCUCGCCGUKGGAGGCUCGGAGAGGCGGCUGAUGCCCGCUGACAACGAGAGAGGGUUCGACGUGGCGAGCUUGAUGUCGGUGACGCUGAGCUGUGACCACCGGGUGGUGGACGGGGCGGUCGGCGCCCAGUGGCUCGCAGAGUUCCGCAAGUUCCUGGAGAAACCYGUCACCAUGCUGUUGUGACGAGACUGCGAGCGGCAGCGAACAGACGGCGAGGUCUCUCACUCAAGAGGUGUGGGCGGUCCGGAUCCUCCUGCCCACCAGGUCACUCCCAGAUCWCCUGAAGAGGGCGGGGCAGAGGAAGAACUCACUCCGCUUUUACCUGUCUGUCCUUUUCUGUCUUUGUCUCUUCUUGUCCCCCGUUCACUAACUAUUUAUUCUGGCCCAAUCUAAUGAGAAACAAUUUAUCUUUAGGGGGAAAAGUUUAUUAAACUAUUAAAAAUGAUUUGCAAAAGACAAAAAUGUUUCAUGUCCAGCUAGGAAAAGGUGUGUGUGUGUCUGGUGUUUGUUUCCUUUUUAGGACAGUUUCUGGUAUAAACACCUGCCUUGUCAGGACCAGUCCUUUUGGGGACCAGAGACUGGUCUUAAUCAGGUGGAACAUUAUUGAUGGGUGGUGGGUCAGACUACAGACAUGACUGGAAGUCAGUACACGGUCCUAAAAAGGAAAGAAAUACCAACUUGUGUGUGUGUGUGUGUGUGAACAUCUAUAGGCUUUUAUCUGAGUUUGUGUUAAUACUCUACAGAAAACAGGAAGUGCCAUGGUUUUAAAUAAUGAAUUAUAGUUUUUGUUUGUUUGCUGGCAAGAAAAGCGAGGACACACAAACACACACACACUGUUUCUGUGGGUUAAUGCUGCAGUGUGUAUAUUCACUGUGCGUGAACACAGUGCUGUAUAUUUAUGUAAAUGAUGGCGAGCUGUUUCGUUCAAGUAACCAGUCUCCAUGGAGAUCUCAAUGUAAAAUUUACAAACUGUAAUUUACUGUUUGGUCCUGAGUGACAACAGCUCCUCUGACAACAAACAUGGAACUGUUUUGCCAAUGCUCUCUUCAGUCUGUUUUGAAUUCCUCUUUCUCUCAGCUGAAACGCACAAACCUGGUGCUGGAUGUGAUUUGAAUAAAUCUGGAGAGUUAAACCUCAGGCUCUUUGUUUGCUGUCAGUAGACUUCACUGUGAGUCUAACCAUGUGAUCAGAACCUGUGGAACACAGGAGAACUUGCUGAGCUGCACAUGGGUUCAGUCAAGAUCUUCAACCUCCUGUUAUUUGUUCUUUUUAAAACUUGGUCAGCUGUUACUAUGAAUUUGUUCCGACCCGCACCAAAUAAAAACAAAUCUAUGGCACCUGAA